CCACUCAGCCCUCACCUUGCCUGUUGCAGGUUCUUCUUCGGUAAGAACAAGGUGAUGAUCCUGGCACUGGGCAAGGGAGUCCGUGACGAGUAUCGUGAGGGUCUGCACAAGGUGGGGCAGCGUCUGCGGGGAGAAGUUGGCCUACUCUUCUCUCAGUGGGACUCGGACAAAGUCACCAAGUGGUUUUCGGAGUUCUCCCAGGUGGACUUUGCCCGCUCUGGGGCUCGCGCCCCCAUGGACGUCGUUCUAGACGCGGGCCCUCUGCAGGAGUUCCCACACUCCAUGGAGCCGCAGCUGCGGCAGCUCGGCCUGCCCACCAGCCUGCAGCGAGGCGUAGUCCACCUGCUGAGAGACUUCACUCUGUGCAAAGAGGGCGACUUGCUCACCCCCGAACAGGCCCGUCUCCUGAAGCUGUGCUCCAUGCCGCUGUGCGAGUUCAGGGUGCGAGUGGACUCAGUGUGGAGCGCUGCCACGGGCCAGUGUCUUCCUCUGCAGGGUGCUGAUGGUGGCGGUGAUGGUGGUGAUGGUGGUGAUGAUGGUGAUGGUGAUGAUGGUGGUGAUGGUGAUGAUGGUGGUGAUGGUGGUGCUGAUGAUGGUGGUGAUGGUGGUGGUGAUGGUGGUGAUGGUGGUGCUGAUGGGGAGUGAAACCUGCUUGUCGGCAUCUUAGCCAUCAAAAAUCGCCGUCAUCAUCGUCAUCACCAUCGUCGUCAUCACCAUCAUCAACAUCAUCACCACAAUCACCAUCAUCAGCACCGUCAUCACCAUCCUCAC